CGGAGAGCGGCAGUAUGGGAGCCAAGCGGCGCGGCGCGGCGGGCGGCCGUAGCGGGGAGAAGCGCGGGCGGCGAGAGGUUGCCGCCGAGCUGUGUGCUGCCCUCGGCGACGCGGCGCUACGGGAGCGGGCGGCAGCGGCUUGGGACGGCGGAGAGCCGCUCCGACACGAGGCCGUGGUGGUGGAGCAGGCCCCGUUCCGGCAUGGCGUGGUGCGCGGCCUCCUGGCUAGCCCAGCCUUCGCGGCGGCGUUGGGCGACGAGCUGCUGUGCCUGGGCUUCCGAGAGCGGCGGAACGACUUGCUGUCCCUGCGGCAGUCCGAGGAGCUGGGGGCCAGGCCGGAGCCCCACGUCAGUGCACUGAGGCGGGCGCUGAGCGGGACCCUGCGGGUGUGGCUGGAGGCUGUCACCCACAUCGAGCUGGAGCCUUCCAUCGACAUCUCCUGCGCCAAGUAUGAGAGCACAGAUGUACUGCUGUGCCACGACGAUGAGCUGGAAGGCCGGAGAAUUGCUUUCAUUCUGUACCUCGUGCCGCCCUGGGAGAAAAGCGAUGGGGGAACGCUGGACCUCUUUAGCACAGAUGAACACUUUCAGCCACAGCAAGUCAUGAAGUCGUUGAUGCCUUCGUGGAACACACUGGUUUUCUUUGAAGUGUCUCCAGUCUCUUUCCACCAGGUGUCAGAGAUUCUGUCGGAGGAGAAGUGCCGCCUGUCAGUGAGCGGCUGGUUUCACGGCCCCCCGGUGGAGCGCCCUGCACGCUACCUUGAAGCUCCCUUGCCCAGGAGCCCACAUGUCCCUUAUGAUCAUGAAAUCUUGUAUGAGUGGGUCAAUGUAGUUUAUUUGGACAUGGACUCCCAAGCUCAAAUCCAGGAGGAAUUUGAGGAGCGAUCAGAAAUUCUCCUGAAGGAUUUUCUUAAGAAAGAGAAAUUUCAACUUCUGUGCGAAGCUUUGGAGAACAAAGACAUCCAGUGGAGCAGUCGGGGGCCUCCCAAUAAAAGGCUCUAUGAAACAGCAGAGGAAGACAGCCUCCCUGACAUCCUGAAGAACUUCCUGCAGUUCUUGCGCUCAGAGGCACUGUUUUUAUUGCUUUCCAACUUCACUGGUCUAAAGCUGCACUUCCUGGCCCCCUCAGAUGAGGAUGCUGGGGAAGGAAAAGCAGCAGACAGUGCUGGGCACAGCAGUUCCAAAACCGAGGAGGAAGAGACUGAACAGCGGGCUGAUAGCAGUACCAGUCAGCCAGACCAGCCUGACAACAUCUCUGAGGCACAAGACAGUGAGACACAGAAUGGGUCGAGUACCCCGAUGUGUGCAGGGGAGCUGCGGCGCUGGACCAAGGGGCAUUAUACUCUAGUCCAUGACAAUCAAGCAACCGAAUUUGCUCUUGACCUGCUCUUCUACUGUGGCUGUGAAGACUGGGAUCCAGAGUAUGGUGGCUUUACUUCCUACAUUGCUAAAGGUGAAGAUGAAGAGCUGUUGACUGUGAAUCCAGAGGACAACUGCUUGGCCCUGGUAUACAGAGACAAAGAAACGAUGAAGUUUGUGAAAUACAUCAAUCAUCGCAGCUUGGCACGCCUGAAAAAGCACCCGAGCAGAAGAGGAUUUUGGGAUUUCUCAUUUGUCUAUUACGAGUGAUGGCACAGUGACCAUCACACACUUAAAAUGGUGGUGGUGGCUUUGGGGCAGGGCUGUGUGCAAGUGUUCAGCUGGGCCUGCCUGAGCCCAGGCCAACCUUCCUGAUGCUAACUUGAUCAUGCUGUAUGUGAACUAUUCCCUAUUUAGGGGUCCAGUGACUUUUUUAUUAAGUGGAAAUCAUGUCUCCUCCUGACUUGUUUGCACUCUUAGCCACUUGUAAUGGUACAUGGAGGGUGCCAGCCCCGUGUGACUGACGGCUUCCCAGCCCUUCUCUUGUGGAAGUGAGAUGUGUGGGACGAGUCUCUCCUCUGGAAGGGUGAAAACUACAAGCACGCAUGGCCCCAAGUUAAUGACUCCUGUGUUGUUUUUGUUUUUUAAUAAGAGGUCAGUUAAAUCCUUCAAACUGUAGUUGAGCAAGUUCUGUUACAAAAUACGCAGGGCAUUUUCUGGAAUUUAAGUGUGUUCACCUUUUGUAGUGGCAGAAAUAAAGGAGCUGCCCAGGGAAAUAGGUGUACAGCUCUGUGGAAUCGUGAAGGAAGAAAGUCAGGCUGUAAAGCUGCUGGCAUUGGCAGCCUGGCCUUGGCACUCUAACAGGAGCAUGACUUCAUUAUGCUAAAUGCUGUGCAGACAAACCCAGAUGGAGCCCUUACUCCUGUGAGUUUACAAGUUAAGCAGUAGAUGAAAGAAGAGACCUGCUCCUAUAUUCUUUGUCUGUGUCUAUACUUGAACAGCUCUGUGCUUCAAAUCUGAAAGAGCUGUGGCUGCAGUCUCAGAUCAGGAGAGGCUGGGCUGGUAGCAGGAACUGCCAACUUGCCUCUUUUGGCUCAUUCUCCACAGCAGGAGGGCUGCCAACAGCGCAUCCUCUUGUCCAUUUCCAGCUCUGUCCUGCAGUCUGCUGGGCUCUGGCGUGGCUUCUGUCACUGGAAAUGGGCUGCUCAGAUCCUUCCAGCUAACAGGUAUCAAAGGAAGAUGGCCAGCUGGACAGCAAGCACCAUGCUGUAGGCUUGGCCCUGGCAUGCAUGCACUUGCCUAAAAUUUUUCUGCACUCAGGAGAAACACAGGUGUACUUUCAGAUCACCCAAGCUGGGCACACUGGGAAUUGUAUGCAUUUUCAUUUCCUUCUGCCUUUUUUUGGUCCCAGAGGGUGAGCUGCUCACAGCCUGCCACCACUCCGGUUCCAGGUCCAAUGUCACUGGCAACAGAGGUGGUGUGAGAGCACAGCCAGCAGCAGAGCACCAGCAAGCUCCAAGUAAGGCAAGUUGUGUUGGCACAGGCAUUGGGGCAUGACUUCAUGACUGCCUUCUGAAACGGAUUAGGAAGCACGUAGGCUUGGGAGACUUACGUGACCUUGUUCAUUCUGCCUUGUUUCCCUAAGCUGGCUCCUCUGUGUGCUGCAGACUUUCCUGCACUCUUUUAACGUUCCUUUGCUGUUCUAAGCUGCUUACAAAGACAAGGGGAUGAACCUAGAAACAUGCUGCAAAGAGUGUAGAACUCUUUAUGAAUUACUAAUUUAAGUUAAUUUCUGAAGCACUCUCCUACCAUUGUGAGCAACAGCUUUUAGGGGACAAAAACCCUUAACUCUGAGCUGCUACAGCAGAAAAAUCCCAGUCACUGGAGUUCUCAAAAUCAAAAAUGUUUGGGUGGUUUCAAAGAAAGGUUACAGAUAGCACAGCCACUCAUGGUACAGUCACCUAGGCAAAGCUGGGAGUAAGUUAAUUAACAAAAAGAAACAGCAUGUUCUUCUGCAUCGUCAGCCUGAGAGUGGUGAGGCUUGGAACAGCCUACCAUAAGACUGCGCCUUUUGAAGCUUUCUGCUUUUUAAUAAUAAAUAAUGCACUAGAGGGCACACCAGCCCCUACUCGAGCAAGGCGGUUAUGGAGCCCAUGAUGCAGGGAAACACCCUUCUGCCACAGGAGACUGAGAUGAAGCAACCUACAAAGCAACAUUUGCAGUUAGCAUUAAAAAAAAGAACAACAAUGGAGCAGGUAAGCGAUUAACAUGGCACAGCAUGAGCAGCUGAGAGCAGCUUUGUGCAAGACAGCCCCAGUUAGCAGCUCAGCCCUGCGAGGAUGCAUGCGUGGCUGCAGCGGGAAGCCUGCUGCUCUAUGCAGGGCACAGCAGCUUCUGUUACCCAAGAGCUGAGUUAUUCCAGUGCUUCACAACACGUUUCUCAGGAUCUGGUUGUUAACAGGACUGGAAACAGAAGCAAUUUGAUGCGGCUUAACUUGAGACCAGGCUGAGGGAAUGAUUUGUGCAGUCAUAAACACAGAAAUAAGUGCUGACACAAGGAAUGGACUGCAUCAGGAUUAGCCGAGGUGAACAGCAAUCCCUGGGAUUUAGAGAAAGUGUGGCUAACAUGAAGUAACCUGUUGCCAGCUGUCAGUCCCCAUUGCUUUGUUUGCUCAGCUCCAAACCAGAACCUGAAUUAGGUCAUGGAAAAUCCCUGGUACGCAGCUCCCUGGUGAGGGCACAGAUCCAGCAUGGCACUGCUGCAGCAUGCUGCUCAGGUGCAAAGGGACCCCGUGGGGAAGGCAGAUGCCUUUAAGCAGCUUCAGUGCAGGGCAGAAUUCCAGGCAGGUGCUGAAUGCCACGGAGCACCAUGGAGUAAACCUGAGUCCUGAGGCACGGUGCCCUCCAAGCAGCCUUCCCAUGAACCUCCAGCAACAAACAGUUCUUGUGUGAUUUUGGAGGUUAUUCUGUUGUUGACCAGCGGUUUAAUGGCUGUAAACAACUCCCCUCCCCUCCCUGAGAGCUGGAUACUACGCAACAGCCCUGGAGGACUGACCCUUCCCAGCACAGACUGUUGGCCAAUGACUUCUUGGUGCAGGUUCAGCUGGGCACCGUGCUUAUGUCAACUUGCUGCUGUGUGCCAGCCAAGGGCUGCUUUAUGUCAACAUGCGACUGCAAGCCUUGGUGCAUCACUUCAGCUUCCUGGAUGCAGAUUUCACAUUUGGCAAAGAUGAGAGCUGUUUUUACCGGAAAAUAAAUGACAAGCUUGGUGUUGGAGGAAAUCAGCCGCAGCGCAGGUCUGGACUGUGACCCAGAGACUGACAAGCACUGCAGACAGGCUGCCAAGAGCAAAACAGAGCUGGGACUGGAAGUGCCUGGUGAGCAACCCUGGAAAUUAGGCUGAUGGGAAAGCUGCUUUCUGAUCACAGGCUCUCUGAUCACUGAAUGGACUACAGAAAUGUUACCAAGCAAGCAUUAAGGUUUCGAACAUAAAGAGCAAAAGAAGAGCUGGAAACAGUGGGAACAAGUACAGCAAGUGGCAGAAAGCCUGAGAGUUGUGCCAGGAGACUGUUCCAUAAUCAAGGCUUACAGUUUGCUCGCUUAGAACAGCAUGGG